AGGGGGUGUUGGUGGUCUAUGAAUGUGGCCGAGCGUGCCCCCCACCACAACAUCUGCCUCUGUGCCUGUGGGGACUAUGCGCUGCACAACCCUGAAUGCACUGGCCGGUGGUUUGCGAGAACAGGGAGGGGGGUGGAGCAGCAGCAGGGGGUCGAGGGGGGCGCAGCAUGCCGCCUCCCUUCCGCAUCGCUGUGCUGGGGGCACAAGGCGUGGGCAAGACUGCCAUCGUGCAGCGCUUCCUCCACGAUGACUACAGCGAGGCGCCCACCCCGGCAACCAGCCGCGCCCGCCGUGUCCACCUGUCUGCUGCUGUGCUCAAUGGCCACGUGCAUGACCUGCAGAUCACCGACUAUCCUGCCAUCACCAGCUUCCCCGGGAACUCAAUGCAGGAGUGGACAGACACCUGCUGCCGAGGUAUCCGCAGCGCUCACGUCUACAUCCUGGUCUAUGACAUCUGCUGCUUCGACAGCUUCGAAUACAUCAAGACCAUGCGCCAGCAGAUCCUAGAGACCAGGGUGUUGGGCACAGGCGACAUGCCCAUCCUGGUCGUGGGGAACAAGCGGGACUUGCAGCGGGGGCGUGUUAUCCCCCGCCACAACAUGUCCGACCUGGUAAGGAAGAACUGGAAGUGUGGCUACGUGGAGUGUUCGGCCAAAUUCAACUGGCACGUGCUUCUGCUGUUCGGGGAGGCUCUGCGCAGUGUGGGCUGUGCCCGCUGCAAACACGUCCAUGCAACCAUCCGCUUCCAACGGGCACUAAGAAAUGAACGCUGUGCCCUCAUGUGAUUUAGUCAGUGACGGUGGGUGCGCACCAGUGGCAUUGAGGGCCAUUGGUACAGUAAACCUCCCUAGGACCACCAUGGCUGACUACAUUUCUGUCCUGUGAAGCUACAGUAUUAACAUGUAACAGCCCUCUGUUUUGCUGCUUUCUGACUUGAUCAGGGAUGGAGAGUACCACCCUAUCCAUCUUUGAUAUUUUCUUGAUUUGGAGGCAGCUAAACCAACCCCUUGCUGUAAAAAUUCUGAACACAUUCAAGUACACUAAAGGAACUUUCCAGCAUCUGGGAGUCGCUCCAGACAGAUUGGCUUACGUUGUUUGACUCACCUGGAUGUUGAUCGAUGUAUGACAUUGCUAAUGUCAAAAGCCCUGCUUGGAGUGGGAUUGAGGUUGACAUCUGCUGAUGCAUUCUCUCUGCUCGGAUGUCUUGAAGGUGCACCCUUGAGCAUAUAAUCCCCAGAGGUAGCUAUACGAAUUCCGUACACAAACCCAUCUCAAUUAGUCCUCUGAAACCAAAACAGCCAACCAACCAACCAUAGGGAGAAUUCUGUUAAAUGGAGUAAUCCAGUCCACCUUUACGUUCCACUCGCAAACAAACAACUGUGUACAUACUAAAAUCUACAACUGUAGAAGCACAUAAGGGUGUUUAUAUACAAACACAACUCAGACCAAACCCCUGAUAUGAGACUUAAUGAUACUGUAAAAAAUAAGGUCUAAAUGUAAUAAAAUACUUGAGGCUAGAUGUGGUUGCCAACAUAUCGGCCUGUUCAGGUCCUCUGAACUGCUAAAUACAGCAAUAAAUUAACAUGCCAUGAUUGAAUGUUAGUAACCUUUGGUAAAACGUAGGAAUAAGGGGGAACAAAAGGACACUUGUUUCCUGUAAGGUUGUAUUCAAUGAAAUGUUUUAUUUUUAUUUCACCUGGUAGGCUAGUUGAGAACAAGUUCUCAUUUACAAUUGCGACCUGGCCAAGAUAAAGCAAAGCAGUGCGACACAAACAGAGUUACACAUGGAAUAAACAAGCGUACAGUUAACACAAUAGAGAAAAGUCUAUAUACAGUGUGUGCAAAUGGCAUGAGGUGGUGAGGCAAUAAAUAGGCCAUAGUAGCAAGUAAUGACAAUUUAGAAAAUUAACGAGUGAUAGAUGUGCAAGUAGAAAUACUGGUGUGCAAAAGAGCAGAAAAGUAAAUAAAGACAAUAUGGGGAAAGGAGAAUACAAUGCAGAUAAAGCCAGCAUACCUGACAAUAGUCACUUGUUUGAAUUAAACUAAAUUAGUAUGGUACUAUAAGAAGAUAGUGAUAAUAAACUGCCAGUUGCCGGUGGCAGGAGUGUUUUCUGUUUUGGACCAAUCACAUUCCAUAAGGAGUCUCAAACAGCCCUCAAAAUCAGAGUCAAACUACUUUCGUGACUUUAAUCAGCCUGUUCUUGAAUAAAUAAGUUAUAUAUGCUGA